AUGUCUACACGAGGGGGAAUUCGCAUCGGCACCCCUCCGCAUUCUGGUAGCAGCCGAUACUCGCCUCUGCGCGAAGAGCCUGAGAUGGGGGAAUCUUCGCAUCCUGUCUCAGAAGUAACCUCUGCGCCUAUCGCGCCACUGCCACCGCAGAACUUUGGAGAGCCAAUCCCGACUUAUGCUAGCUCGGCACCGUUCAAUCCUUUCGAGCAGAUAUACCCUCCGGGUUAUGACUAUACAGGAGAUCCCUACUGGAUAGCUUCGAACUACAGCUCUCUCCCACCGGAAGGUCCUUUUGGAGGUACCUGGGCUACGGGGCAAUCGACUUUUGGAUACCCCUCGCAUGGAUACCAGCAGCCGUUGCCUCCUCAGCCACCGCAGUAUCCGCCACCGCCGCAGGCACCGAUGAUGUCGCCACCUCAAGUUCAAGAAAUCCUGCAAGGGAUAGAUAAUGUGCGGCGAGAGAUGCGACAUGAACUGCGGGAAGAACGCCGACAUAACCGCGGGAUGUUUAAGAAGAUGGUAGACUUGAUCAAGGGAAAAGGCAAGAAGGAUUAUUAA